AUGGCUUUCGGAGGUGUCGCGCUGCCCGGCUCGGGCACUUCUGCUAACAAUGCUACCAGCAUCAAAGGUGGCGUCAAUGCUGGAGCCCAGCCCAAAGCCAACGGCGCCGGCGAAGAUGACAAGAAGGCCGUUCUCGGCAAGGAUGUCGGCAUGGACCAGCAAGGCCUCUCGAGUGUUCAUGGCAUUGUGCCAACCUUGCAGAACAUUGUUGCUACCGUCAACCUGGAGGUGCGUCUCGACUUGAAGACCAUCGCCCUGCACGCCCGUAACGCCGAGUAUAACCCUAAGCGUUUUGCCGCAGUCAUCAUGCGUAUUCGCGAGCCCAAGACCACCGCACUCAUCUUCGCCUCGGGCAAGAUGGUGGUCACCGGUGCCAAGUCGGAGGACGACAGUCGUCUUGCCAGCCGAAAGUACGCGCGUAUCAUCCAGAAGCUCGGUUUCGAGGCUAAGUUCAGCGAGUUCAAGAUUCAGAACAUUGUCGGUUCAUGCGACGUGCGCUUCCCUAUUCGUCUUGAAGGACUCGCUUACAGCCACGGUGUGUACUCUUCGUACGAGCCCGAGCUGUUUCCUGGUCUUAUCUACCGCAUGGUCAAGCCCAAGGUUGUGUUGCUUAUCUUUGUCUCGGGCAAGAUUGUGCUCACGGGUGCCAAGGUACGAGAAGAGAUCUACCAGGCGUUCAAUCUCAUUCUACCUGUAUUGGCUGAGUUCCGGAAGCCUUGA